AUGACAAAAAAGCCCAAUUCGAAACGAAGCAAGUCUCUGGCGAGUCAACGACUACUUCGCGUCUUUUGGUUGCCUGGAGGCAGAGACAAAUCGGCAUCGGGCAACUCGGUCAAGUUCGUCGACCCGUCGCCGGAGCAGGCCAACGCCCAACUUCUAGCCCAGCGCCACCUCGCCGUCACCGAGUUCCUCGCCAGUGACCGCAGAGUAUCGAUCAAUACUCUGAGCAACGAUGGCGCGCCGGCAGGAGGCAUCAGCCGGAGCAAUACUUGCCCGAACCUCAACAACCUCUCGGCCGGCCGCAGCAAGGAGGUCCCGCUGGCUGCUAGGAGGAAAAAGGUCGCCAGGCUAAGUAAUGGGUUGCAAAUCAAGCUUCCAGCCAGGCCUUCGUCGGUCAUUGUCACUAGUGAAAACGCCAAACAGGUAACAGCAACGAGUAAACCCACAACCGCCCCUUCUACGCCAGGGCUGAACCUGCCGGCUCGUCCAGAAAAAGAGCUUCCAGAGCCUGAGAAACCAGAGGCGGAAGCGCGACCCAAAUCCCGUGGCAGCAAGUCGGUGGCCCAAGUCCCGACGUGGAAUCUCUUCCGCGCUCAGUGGUCCUUUUAUCCCAACAAGAGCUCGGCAACUGAAGAUAAGAAGGAGUCGAGGCAGUCUCGAAGUUUGAUCCUUGAGCCGACCGAGGGCGCCAGACCAUUCAGCAUGUUUGAGAGCCUGAGCUUGCCGGCGCCGGGCCUGACGCCAACCCAGGGCAGCUUCCCAAUACCUUCUACCUCGGCGCCUCGAUCCAGACACCACAGCCGUACCGGGAGCUACGGGUCGUGGAUCCACACGCCAGAUUCGACGUCUCCAAGUAGUGGCGGCAUGGUCGGCAGUUUGUCGUCGCUGACGGCGCAGACUUCACUAUCAAGCACCGGCACCCGACUCGAGGCGGUUGAGAUGAACCUAAACCGAAGAUACGAGGCUGUUCCCGACAACAAGGUCCCGGCAUGGUACAUUAAGGAUGUGGACAGUAGAAAUAGCAGCACUGGAGGUAGUCCAAAGGUGGAAGAAGGCCAGACGCAGCUGACGAUGCUAUGCGCCAACUGCAAGCGCGUGGACAUGGAUUCGCUGUUUCGGCAAGCCGUUGCGCACACUGUUCCGCCGCCAAGGGAUUUUAUAGUCAUGGGGACGCUCUUCAGCCUGAUGACGCGGAAACAUUGCGGAUUAUGCCAGCUUGCUGCCCGGGUGAUUGCCAACGACGCAAUGCAUGGACUCGGAAGGACGCAGUCGCAGUAUGAUGAUACGGAUGAAGAUGAACCACCAAUGGAUCAUGCAUCGGCUGUAGUCAGUCUGCUCGAGGAAACAUAUUAUCUAGCUCCCUGUUGUUUACGAGCACCUGGUCGCAGCCCGGAGCUAUACUUCUUUUCGAGCAAAGACAUCAAGCAAGGAACCUGGCCAAGGAGGACCAUGGCGAUCCGACCCAUGGAGACAUCUUCAGGAUCGGACGGGGGUGACGGCGGAACAAACAAUAAAAAAAACAACAACAACAACAACAACAAUGAUAAUAAUAAUACCAACCAACCAGCCGGUGUCAAGUACGGGCGCUUUUUGCGCGCACCCGGAGAGAUGGACUUUGACUGGAUCCGCGACAGGCUCCGAGACUGCGAGGACUGCGACGGGCCGAACAACGGGGUCAACUCGACCAUCCUCCCCAAGCGCGACGCGCAGACGACGGUCCGGGCGGUCGACGUGCUGCAGAUGUGCGUGGUGAACCUGAGCGACUACGACAGCUACGUGGCGCUGAGCUACGUGCCCGACGAGCAAGCAGAGAUGCCGCUGCUCCUGCACCGCGUCAACGAGGCGUCGCUGCGCCACCCAAAGGGCCUCCUCAACUGCUGGGACCAGGUUCCCCGGACCGUCCAGGACGCCGUCAAGCUGGUGCGCGAGAUUGGCGAGCGGUACCUGUGGGUCGACGCGCUGUGUGUCAUGCACGACGACGACGGCCGCGAGGUCGAAAACGUGCGCGAGACAGGCCGCAUCUUCCAGGACAGCGUGCUCACCAUCUGCGCCUGCUGCGGUGCCGACGCAUCGCAUGGUAUCCCCGGGGUGGAGCCUGGGUCGAGGCUGCACACGCGGCAGGUCGUCGAGAUGGUCGGUGGGAACAUGCUCGGCAGUGUGUUUCGCGGCGCGAGAUGCGAGGACUAUGGGGCUGAGCAGAGUCAGUGGGGUAGUCGGGCUUGGACGUUACAGGAGCAGGUUCUGUCUAGACGGAGGCUCCUGGUGACGGACGAGUGUGUGACGUGGUGCUGCAGCCAUGGUCAGAUCGUGGAGGACGAGGCAGGGCGGUCGUGUUGUGACAACAGCGCUGAUCUUACCCCCAGCAUCCACCUCCUUGAUCGGCUCGCACUGGAACCGAAGAUCGACGAUACAGACACGGCCAUCGUCAGCAAGCAGGCCAGCAACAUGGAUGCUUACGCCCGUAUAGUAUCCGAGUACACACGGCGGGAACUACACGACGUGCGAAACGCAGAGCGCGCGGUGGCAGGGCUGCUCAACCACCUCGAGCCAGCGUUCAAGGGGCAGUUUCUGUUCGGACUUCCCGACACGGAACUCGCGGCGGCGCUCAUGUGGUCUCCGAUUGGGCCCACCACGCGAAGAACCGACCCCUCCACCAACAAGCCCCUCUUCCCGAGCUGGAGCUGGCUCGGUUGGACGGGCCAGGCGUCGUAUCCGUGGCUGGUGGAGCGGACCAUGCCCAUGUCCGAGGAGCCCGGAUCGCCGCUCCUGUGGCAAAACCUGGCGGUGAACAUCGGGGACCCGCACGAUGAGUGGUUCACGGGCGACGACUACCGCCUGAACGGCCUCCCGCACGCCAACCACGUCCAGAUGACGCAGGGUCUGCCGGCGCGCUGGUGUGAGCAUGAAGACGACGGCUGGACGCACGUCGAUGGUCACGACGGUACCGUGGACGACGCGGCUCGGGGCGGGAGGUGGCUACACCCCGUGCUGGAGGCGCCAGAGAACGGCCGGGUUCACCGCCUUCUGCGCGAGGGAGACACGCAAGGCCUGCUCCGUUUCCACACUCUAUCUGCCAAGUUCGCGCUGGAGCGCAAAGUGCGCGUUCGAAAAAGGGAUACCAUCGGCCAAGGGGGAGGCGGUGCUGGUGCGGCGGCGGGGGUGGAUCAAACGGUUCACAUGGUGCGGGUACUCAACAAGCGCGGCUUUGCAUCUGGGUACAUCUACUGGCCAGCCGACAAACCGCUGCCGUCGAACCGCAACAGCUGCUACGGGCAGGCUGCGGAAAAGGUAACGCACGAGUUCGUCGUCAUCUCCAGGGCCAGUGCGAGAUCAGACCCGCGCAUCGGACAGGAGCUGCUCCACGCGACGCCGCUAGGCGAGCUUAGCAAGGUCUAUUCGAUGGACUACUACCUGGUUGGCGGGGGCAGGCAUCACCACCGUCUACGGCCGACCAUGGGCGACGGUGGAGAGGGGUCCAGAGAAGAUGGGAUGGGAGGACCAAUCAUUGACGAAAUGGCUCAAUUCGACACGCGGCUUUAUGAUCCAAGCACGCCGUGGGGUCUAUUCAAUGUCAUGAUGAUCCAGUGGAGAAAUGGAGAGGGAGGCCAAGUCGCCGAGAGGGUGGCCGUUGGGAGGAUACAUGUUGCGGCCUUUAUGGACGCCUGGCCUGUCGAUAAGAACAUUGUCCUGGGGUAA